UCACUAGGUUACCAUAGUCUAUAUCUAGACUCAAUCAUGAACCAGACCAACGUAUAAUUUCUCCAUUGAACUCAUAGACUUGAACUACUAAUCCCUAUUCACCCAACUUAAAACUGACUCUAAAUACCAUGGCUAAAAUCCUUUUUGUUUCCCAUAUGAAAAACAGCGGCUAAUUGCAUGCAGGAAAACAGGUGGAGGGGAGAGCGGAUAUCGCUUGCCGGAAUACAUGCAGGAAAUUAUGAUUGAAUAUUUCAAAAUAGCUUAAUUUAAAUAGAUGAAUAAUUGUCUAAACAGUGAUUCUUCAAAAGUUGAUUUUGAUUUCAUUUCUUUUUGGUUUUGAUCAGGGAGUUACCAUAUCAAAAAUGUUGUCUAGAGUCAUUAGAUCAAGAAGUUACAAGAUUGUGGUACCAAGUACUCAAUUCUUAAGAUUAAAAAGUAGUGUUACUUUAUCUUCAACUGUAAACUCUUACCCCACAGAUCAUACCAAUGCAAAUGUUGAACCAUACGUAACUCCAAGUUUUGUCGAUAACAAGUUUUUCAAAUCUGACUCCAAGGAAUGGUUUGAUAUACAUGAUCCAGCUACUAAUUAUGUUGUUUCAAAAGUUCCUCAAUCAACUCCUCAAGAAUUAGAAGACGCAAUCGCGUCAGCCGCUAAGGCUUUCCCAAUUUGGAAGGAAUAUUCAAUAAUCAAAAGACAAGGUAUUGCGUUUAAAUUUGUACAAUUAUUACGAGAAAAUAUGGAUAGAAUUGCCUCUGUGAUUGUAUUAGAACAAGGUAAAACAUUUGUUGAUGCUCAAGGGGAUGUUACAAGAGGUUUACAAGUUGCCGAAGCUGCUUGUAAUAUAACCAAUGAUUUAAAAGGUGAAACUUUAGAAGUUUCAACUGAUAUGGAAACUAAAAUGAUAAGAGAACCAUUAGGAGUUGUUGCAUCUAUUUGUCCAUUUAAUUUCCCAGCCAUGGUUCCAUUAUGGUCAUUACCUUUAAUUUUAGUUACAGGUAAUACAGCUGUUGUUAAACCAUCUGAAAGAGUUCCAGGAGCUGCCAUUAUUAUUGCUCAAUUAGCUGCUGAAGCUGGUGUUCCAGCUGGUGUACUUAACAUUGUUCAUGGUAAACAUGAUACUGUUAAUAAAUUGAUUGAAGAUCCAAGAAUUAAAGCUUUAACUUUUGUUGGUGGAGAUAAAGCAGGUAAAUAUAUUUAUGAAAAGGGUACUUCUUUAGGUAAAAGAGUUCAAGCAAAUUUAGGUGCAAAAAAUCAUUUAGUAGUAUUACCAGAUUCAAACAAACAACAAUUUGUGAAUGCCAUUAAUGGUGCUGCUUUUGGUGCUGCUGGUCAAAGAUGUAUGGCUAUUUCAGUUUUAGUUACUGUUGGUAAAACUAAAGAAUGGGUCAAUGAUAUUGUUGAAGAUGCAAAAUUAUUAAAGGUAGGAAGUGGUUUCGAUCCAGCUAGUGAUUUAGGUCCAUUAAUCAACUCAGGAAGUUUAGUUAAGUCUCAUGAAAUUAUCGAAGAUUCCGUUAAAAAUGGUGCAACUUUAGCUUUAGAUGGUAGAGGUUAUAAACCCGCCGAUGAAAGAUUUUCUAAGGGUAACUUUUUAGGACCAACUGUCUUAACUAAUGUUAAACCAGGACAAAGAGCUUAUGAUGAAGAAAUUUUUGCUCCAGUUCUUUCAGUUGUCAAUGUUGAAACCAUUGAUGAAGCUAUUGAAUUAAUUAAUGCUAAUAAAUAUGGUAAUGGUGUCUCUAUCUUCACUUCAUCAGGUUCUUCUGCUCAAUAUUUCACUAAAAGAAUCGAUGUUGGUCAAGUUGGUGUUAAUGUUCCAAUUCCAGUUCCUUUACCAAUGUUUUCCUUUACUGGUUCAAGAGGUUCUUUCUUAGGUGACUUAAACUUUUAUGGUAAGAGUGGUGUAACUUUCUUAACCAAACCAAAAACUAUCACUGCCAGUUGGAAAUCCAACUUAAUUGAUGAAGAAAUCUUAAAACCUUCAACUUCAAUGCCAGUGCAACAAUGAGUAAAUAAAAUAUAUAACGCUUUAGGUUUUUAAAAAAUAAUUUAAUUAAACAUGAUAAUAUACAUGUAGAAUUAAAAUUACCGACUCUUAGCGAGAAAAAAAAAUAGUUCUCACUAAAUUCCAGCGAGGAUUCAUUAAAAAUUAGUGAAAAUGCUCGUAAAAAAAUAAUGAAGGAUGCGAGGUUCGAACUCGCGCGGACACUGUCCAACAGAUCUUAAGUCUGCCGCCUUAGACCACUCGGCCAACCCUCCAAUUUAUUGAAAUUGUAAAUUUUGUAAGCUGACCAUGAAUUAUCACAAUCUAGAGGUGCGCUACCACAUUAAAAAAAUUUAAAGACUUCAUUGAUUCUUCUAAUUUUAUAGAA